AUUAAUAAUAAAAAUAAGUAAUAUAACAACCAAUAGUAAUAGCGUUCAGAUCUCAGAAGUCAGAAGUCGAGAGCAUUGACAAUGGCGGACCAGCUUGAUUCAAAUCUGUCAUCCUAAAUCUAGCGGUCGUCUUCUUCCCAUAAUUUUCAUCCCAGCUUCAAAUCUGUUUGUUUGCAAGGGCGGCCAGCAUUUUGCAUCAAUGGGAGCAGCAGACUCAAAUGAGCCCAUCCCUUUACUGCAACUCGGCCUCCCGUCGCCGCCCGUCGACGAUGACUUGGCUGGCUCCGAUCAUCCGGCCAGUGCCUCCCCCAAUCGAACCGGGAAUGCGUGGACGGCAGUCGCCCACAUCAUCACCGGCGUCAUAGGGUCGGGGGUUCUGUCCCUGGCGUGGAGCAUGGCGCAGCUGGGCUGGGUGUGGGGCCCACUCCUCAUGCUGUUCUUUGCCGCUGUUACUCUAGCAUCCACCUUCCUCCUCUGCAGCUGCUACCGAUCUCCGGAUCCCGAUUAUGGUCCUGUUAGAAAUGGAUCUUAUCUGGCUGCUGUUAAGCGGAAUUUAGCUGAUAAUUUUGGGGGUGAAAGGCUAAUUGGUACUAUGGAGAUGGAGAUGAUGCAAGAAGAAUGCAUGGAUAUGCGGCUUGCUUAUACAAAUGAAUCUCUAUGGGACAGGAAUAGCUUACACUAUUACUACCGCUAUCUGCAUGAGGUCCCAGCAAUCCGGAGAUCAAGCUGUUACAGAAAGGAUGGAAAAGAUGACCCUUGCGAAUUCGGGAGCACACAGUACAUGCUGAUAUUUGGCGUUGUUCAAAUUUUCAUGUCACAAAUUCCCGAUUUCCAUAGCAUGGAGUGGCUCUCUGUAGUUGCCGCUAUCAUGUCCUUAGCCUAUUCUACAAUUGGAUUGGGCCUUGGAGCUGCAAAAGUCGUGGGAAAUAGAGUGAUUAAGGGUAGUGUAGGUGGAGUUUCGGCUUCGACUACAAUGCAGAAGUUGUGGAGAGUUUCUCAAGCAGUUGGGGACAUUGCUUUUGCAUAUCCCUACUCCAUGAUUGUUUUGGAAAUACAGGAUACAUUGAGAUCACCUCCAUCCGAGAGAGAGACCAUGAACAAGGCAUCAUUAAUAUCUACCUUUAUCACCACAUUUUUUUAUUUAAGCUGUGGCGGCUUUGGUUAUGCGGCGUUUGGUGAUCAAACACCGGGCGACCUCUUGACCGGAUUUGGGAACUAUGGAUCCCACUUGGUAAUCGACUUUGCAAAUGCCUGCGUCGUUGUACACUUGAUCGGGGGUUAUCAGGUAUAUUCUCAGCCAGUGUUUGCCAUGGUGGAUAAAUGGCUGGCUGAGCAGUUCCCGUGCAUCUCGUUCGUCAACAGAAACUAUACUCUCAAAUUCCCGUUAUUGCCACCUUUGAGUUUAAAUCUCGCGAGAUUGUGCUUUCGGUCGGCUUAUGUUGCAUCAACAACUGGAGUCGCUAUGGUUUUCCCUUAUUUCAAUCAGGUUUUGGGGGUUCUGGGGACCAUCAACUUUUGGCCACUGUCCAUAUAUUUUCCUGUGGAGAUGUGGUUGAGACAGAAAGAUUUAAAACCAUGGACUAUAAAGUGGGUCGUUUUAAGGAGUUUUAGCAUUGUCUGCUUUGUUAUAAACAUGUUCGUUUUCGCUGGAUCCAUUGAAGGAAUUGUGGCUGCUCGUUUCAGCUAGGACCUUUUCACACAGAGUAAUGGACUAACAAUACUACAUUUCUUAUACUAGAAAAGAAAGAUCAUUAGCUAUUAUGAUGAAGUGGAAGUCUGUACUCUGUAACAUGCUUGUAAUAGUUUUCAUUUUAUCAACUUACAGCUUAAGGAUUCGUUUGGUUGGGAAGGCGUUUUGCCACUGUGAAUUAACCCUUGCACUUUUUAUUUAUUUAUUAUUUAAC